AUGUCGUUCGAAAUCGACUGGAACAAGUUGACCGAAGAUAACUCCAUCAACGAGUCCAUAAAGGAGUUUCUCGACAGCCAGUUCAGCAACAUCGAAUUACCAUCGUUUGUGAGUCAUCUCUCUGUUACAGACUUCAGUCUUGGGGACCAGCCCCCAGAAGUAGUGAUAAGACAUAUCGGAGACCCGUUCGAAGACUUCUACGAAGAUGAAGAAGAUGAAAAAGAGGCAGAGAAGUCCCGCACGCCAAUGGACGAGGAAGAAGAGGAGGAGGAAGAAGCAAGACGUCCCGUCCGAGAGGACGAAGACGACGAGGAUGAUGAGGACGAAGACGAAGACCAAAACAAUGAUAUGGCUUCAUUAACACAGGGCAUGAACUCAGUCAAAUUGGGUGAAGAGCACGACGAGUCACAAACCUCGUCAUCUGCACCACCAGCUCUCGAAAGACUCAGAACUUCACUGGACUCCAUCUCGCUAAUGUUGGGUAACAACACCCUCAACUACCUCCAAAACUAUAAUAUGAACCACAUUCUUGGAUUGGGUCCCAACAGCAACUCCAACGGCACAGAAACGCCCACAGACCUCUUGAACCAGUCGUCGUUGCGCAUCAACUCUUUGCGCAACCAGUUCGCUCAUCAUUCUGCCCCAGAAGUGCCCAAAAUUACUGGUGGAACCAAGUCUAAGCUGAGAAGUGCUGACGACUUGCAAUUGAUUGUGGAGAUCAAGUACUCGGGCAACAUGCACAUCCAGCUCUCGGUGAACUUAUUGGUCAACUACCCAUCGCCCAAUUUUAUCACACUUCCUAUCAAGCUUCACAUUACUGAGUUGAACAUCCAUUCUGUUGCAUCAAUUGCAUACUUGAAGAAAGCAGUGUACUUCUCAUUCCUUUGCGACCUCAACGAUGCUAGCUCGGACUACUUCAGUACCACCACAUCUACAGGCACCCAUGCAGACCACACUCCAACAUACGGAGCCAAUUUUGUAGAUUACUCUACGGGGCCCAACAACAGAGAACGGAUCGAUAUCAUCAAGAAGGUGAGAAUUGAGUCGGAAAUUGGUGAGGUGGAACACAAUGUGUUGAGAAACGUCGGCAAGGUGGAGAAAUUCCUUAUAGACCAAUUGCGAGGAAUAUUGAGGGACGAAAUCGCUUGGCCAAGCUGGGUGUGUUUUGACCUCAGUGGCGAGGAUGAAGAUACGCAAGAGGAGGAUGAGUAG